AAUAAAAAAAGUACGACUGCAAGUUUUUUUCCAAAAGGAAUCACACCGCCUCCGACUGGAGAAGUUACCGGAAAGAACCGAAGGACUGAGAGAUUUGAGCGGGAAGAAAAUCUUGAGCUGAGGGGACGGAGAGAAAACAUGCAGUACAAGAAAGACCUCUGCAGAAAUUUUCAGCGUGGCAGUUGCAAAUAUGGUGAAAGGUGUAGAUAUAUCCAUGCCACUCAGCAACCACAAAACUCAGGUAGCUUUGGCUUUGGGAUGCAAACUAGUUCACAACAUCAGCAAAAACCUAAUCCCUUUGGAUUUGGAGUUCAUAGCACCGGUCAGUCUAAAGCAGCUGCUGAUUUUGGAUCGAAACAAAACCAAUAUAAGCCAUUUGAAAAUAAGUGGACUCGUUCUUCCACACCUUCUGGAAAUGCUCCUUCUCAAAAAUCAGACAAUCAGCCCCCAUCAGCUAAUCACAAAUGCACAGAUGGGGAGUCUUGCAAGUGCCAAAUUGUUGAAGAUUUUCAAAACGAGAGGCCAUUAUGGAAACUGACAUGCUAUGGCCACAGUAAAAGAAACUUGGAAUCCUUGUUUGAAUACAAUUUUUUUAAGAUUGCAUCUAAAAUUGCUUCUAAAGAUUGCAUCUAA